AACUUUUCCGCACAAUGUCUAUGAGAGGGGUGGUUGCUAAUACAGUUACGUAUAGCACUCUAAUCCAAGGGUUUUGUCAAUCGGGAAAACUUGAGGUUGCUAAAGAACUCUUCCAAACGAUGGUUUCUCGUCGUGUUCCUCCUAAUAUUGUGACUUACAAAAUUUUGCUGGAUGGAUUGUGUGACAAUGGGGAAAUAGAAAAAGCAUUGGAAAUUUUUGAAAAAAUGCAGAAGAGUGAGAUGAAGCUUGAUAUUAGUAUGUAUAGUAUCAUUAUUCACGGGAUGUGCAAUGCUAGUAAAGUGGAUGAUGCUUGGGAUUUAUUCUGUAGACUCCCUCUCAAAGGAAUGCAGCUUGAUAAUAGGGCAUACACCAUAAUGAUUUCAGGAUUAUGUAAGAAAGGGUCACUCUCUGAAGCAAAUAAAUUGUUUACAAAAAUGGUAGAGGAUGGGCCUGCUCCAAACGACUGCACAUACAACACUCUAAUCCGAGCUCAUCUCCUAGUUAGUGAUGUAAUCAAAUCAGCUCAACUAAUCGAAGAAAUGAAGAGGUGCGGGUUCGCUGCUGAUGCUUCGACUAUAAAGAUAGUUAUGGAUAUGCUAUCGGAUGGUAGAUUGGACAAAAGUUUUUUGGAUAUGCUUUCUUGAAUCAACGAGAGAUAUAAGCUAACCAUUCUCGUUUAAUGAUUGAUGUAUUUGGUCUUAUCAAUUGAAUAUUUGUUACAAACUUCAAUCAUUUUCAGUC